AUGUCUCCAGCAAGUAACGAUCCCUACUCUGUUUCAACCUACGCCGAUUCCAUUAGCUCCCGUCCGGACAGGACGCUCGUCGUGAAAUGUACAUUCGAUCGCUCGAAUAAGAGAAUCACCUUCUCUUCUGCACGCAAUUGUUCGUAUCAGCUACUAAGGGACAGGGUCGAGCAAUGUUUCUCCUUGUCUGCAUCUUCCUUCGUUAUCUCGUACAAAGACGAUGACGGCGAAGUCACAGACAUUACCAACGAGCUCGACCUGACCGAGGCCAUCUACUACUUCCACACGGAUGCGAGCUCCGAGCCUGCGUCUUCUGCGUCCUCCAUCUUGUCCGGGCGCUCUUUCGGAUCCCUAGGCUCCAAGAAGAUUACCCUCCGGAUACAAGUCACGGUCGACUAUGACGGUCCCAGUUUGAGCGACAGCAGCAGCUUAGCCAGCCUAGACGACUACCGAGGCCGUCAGGCCGGAAGCGAGCUCAGUCUCAACUGGAGUGCGCCGGGUAGUGAGAUCGACGGCACGGUCGACGCAGAGCACGAGCCGGAGGACGAUGCGGUCACGAUCAGCUCCCGCGAUACGGGCGGUAGUGUAGAGUUGGAGCGUACGAACGGCCAUCAGGGCAAAGCACGUUCCCAUCUUCCCCCGGUUGCAGAGGACCGGUCAGACUUGGGUAGUCAAUGGGAGCUUGCUACUGUAGCAAAUAACCGCACAGCUUCCCCUUCACUAGAAUCCGUCACCUCCCGUAAUGUAGAGGAUCCUUCCGCCGUCUUCUCUCGCCUCAAGCUUUCCGAAUCUUCCUCCCCGCUCAACGCCGGCCCGUCCUGCGUUCCUCUUACCUGGCUACAGGACCAGAACAAUCGGACCAUUAAAGCCAUGCUCGGCGCCCUUCCUGAACCAUCCGAGACCGACACUUCCUCGAUCUCCCUGCGCAGCACCGAGGACGGCGACGGCGACGUCGAGUCGCUCUCAGGUGGGGACCUGUCGCUGCAGCGGGACCACAGAGGCAAGUACUAUUAUUCAUAUACGAGCGCUGGGUCCGGGUCCGUCUCGACACACGACUCGGGCUACCAGGACGAUGACAGCCUGAGCGCGACGUACGACCCCACGCGCUCGUCGAUGCAGGUGGACGGGAACCCAUUCGUGGACCCGCAGCACGGGCUCAACGCCCACCCUGCUAUCCCCAGUGGAAGCCGUUCGGCGUCUGAGCCUGUGCUGCAGAUUCACCCAUCCAUUCCGCCGGAGGUGCUCAGGUACCUGAAUGAUGACGCCGAGCCUGCGGGCCCGCCUCCUGAGCAGCUCACGAGUUGUAGCGAGUGCGGCGUUAUGCUCGAAGCGAUCCGGUACGUGUGCGCGACGUGCGGCGAGAAGCGACCAGUCUCGCAGCGGGACACCGGCGGUGACGCGAUGAGCCCCUUCGAGGAUCCGUCGGAGUAUAGCGGAGGAAGGGGCCUGCACGUUCCUACGCCCUCGUCGUCUGCAAACUCUUCGAGGACGUAUAUUGCGGACCGGGAGCUGCCCGAGCACCGGCGGUACGCGACUGACCCGCAUGGGCCGCAGCAUGAGCGGCACCAUCAUCACCACCACUACGACCCGCUCGACCCGCGCCAUCACUACCACGCAGCUCACCCUCCCCACCCUCACCCUCACGCCCCUCACCACCCUCACCAGCAUUUCUCGCCGAGCCGCUCAAUCCCAAAUGGUUCAUUGCACCCGCACCCGUUCUUCCACCCGCGCACCUCGUCCCUGCAGAAUGGGUAUAUGUCAUUGGCGUCGUCCACGACCCUCCACGGACCGCCCAGCGACUUGCCGGCGUCCUUUCCCUCCUCCUAUACCCACCCGAGUCACUCACCUUCCUCGUCCCACUCGAGCUCGGGCUCGACCCCGACGUCGCCCAGCGUCCCCGGGGGCUACGAGCUGUGCUCAGGGUGUAUCGAGCAGGCGGGCGUCAAUCACGCCCUGGAAGUGGUGGGAGGAGGCGCGGGCCCUGGAAUGACUAUGGGCGUGGGCCGGAGCCGGGGUCCGGAAGCGCUGAGCCAGUGGAGGCGCGCGGCGCCUAGGCAGAAGGGCCAGCUUAGGCACGCGUAUAUCGAGAAGGUGUGGGGCCCGAGCGGGUGGGAGGAUGUUGAGCAGGAUAACAAGAGGAACUGCAAGUGCUCAACGUGCGGGACGGAUAUCGUCAGCAAGCGGUACAAGUGCGCUAGUUGCCAAGACUUCAAUCUGUGCAUUGCGUGCUACGGGCAGGUGCACGAAGUCCAUCCGUCACAUGCAUUCUUAAGUGUCCCCGACAAGCCUGCGCGGUCCAAGAGCGACUCAGAUAUCCUCGGAUCGACGAGCGCUUCUACAGCGGUAGACUUGGAUCCUGAGGGAGGCGAACCUUCCAUGAAGCAUCCAGGAGUUAAAUGUGCACAUUGCAUGCAGGAUAUCGUUGGCGCGAGGUUCCAUUGCGCCAUAUGUGAGUCCGUGGACAUUUGUUCGAACUGCGAGUCCGCGGGUCUGCCGGGCAAUCUCGAUUCCACGGACGACGGCCAUAACUCCUCGCAUAUCAUGAUCAAGAUACCCUAUCCACUGGAGACGACGGAAGUGCAGACCGCGAGCAAGCGGGCAAAACACCUCUGGAGGUGCCGCGACGCGGCCGACGUCGGAUGCGAUCCUGUUCCUGAUUCACCCCCAAUGUCGUCUUACGCUAAGACUGUUGUCGGCUCGGGUAAGAAGGGCGCUGAGUCGGUUCGAGACACUAUGGAUCAUCACAUCUUAUGCGAUGGUUGCGGCAUGAACAUCGUUGGAGUACGAUAUCAGUGCGCCAGCUGUUCUUCGAGCCCUACGCCAUACAGCCUAUGCGCUCAUUGCGAAGAGCGGUCUUAUCUACUGCACGACCCUAUGCACAUUUUUGUCAAGUUGCCUCGACCCGUCGAUCGUCCCUUGCAGAGCCCUAUGUUCCUGAUCCCCAGAAUAUACACCGAGCCCGUCGGCGCACGAUUCCGCGCGACUCGCAAUAGUCAUCCGAAAGACUAUCUCGACUCUGUGCUACAUACCCACACCUGGUGUGACCGUUGCAUGACCCGAAUCCGGGGUGAAUGGUUCCACUGCGGGUUCUGCCCCAAGGAUUUGUGCAGUGACUGCGAGGCCAUGGACACGCACGAUAACACGCAUGUCUUUCUUGUCCUCAAAGCUCCGGUCGACUUACGGUUCUUUAAGCGAGAUGCCGAGUUCGUGGAUAGCGGGGGCGGAACACCCCGUCCUAUCAUACCUUAUCCUAUCUAUCGUUCAUGAGAUUUACGAUCCAUCUAUAUGCUCAUCUCUACCCGCAUUGUUUUCGCUGUGUAGCUUUUCUGGAUCAUCGCAGCAUUGUAGCAUGUAGCAACAUACACAUACUAAUACAGAACCGAACGCAUCAUCUAACCCUUCUUAAACCCGAGACGACGCCGCUCAUAGAACAAAUCCGUCCGACUGGCUCCCAGAUUCACGAUCUUCGGACAGCCAUCUCGAUCUUUCUCUAACCUCGUACACUCGGCGCAGUAGUAAGCGUCAGAAAUUCCGGGCGAGCCGCAGAUGAUGCAGCGCCCGCCGUAGGUGCCGAAGUUGCAUUCGUCGCAGAUGCGCACGAGGGUCUCUGGUCGGACGUAAGAAUCACAGACCGGGCAUUUCCCGUCGCAUUUCUCACAUAGACGGC